AUGUCGAAACGUCAUCUCUUCAAUUCCCCUGACGGUCUUGUCAACAAGGCAUUGAAGGGUAUUAUUACGUACAAUCCCAGUCUCAACUUGGAUGAAACCAAUCGAGUCGUGUACGAUACCUCUUACGACAAGUCCAAAGUCAGCAUCAUCAGUGGUGGUGGCUCUGGCCAUGAGCCAGCAUGGACUGGCUACGUGGGAAACAACAUGCUCACAGCUUCCGUCCAGGGAGACAUCUUCGCCAGUCCCAGCACAAAACAGAUUCUAGCUGCCGUGGAAGCUGUUCCCAGUGACAAGGGUACGAUUCUCGUCAUUACCAAUUACACCGGUGACUGUCUGCACUUUGGGCUGGCCAACGAGAAAGCCAAUGCGCGAGGACACAACUGCCGCAUGAUUAUUUGUGGCGACGAUGUCUCCGUCGGAAAGAAAGGCAGCAUGGUCGGCCGCAGAGGUCUGGCAGGCCAGAUUGGCGUGCUCAAGGUCAUGGGCGGUGCUGCGGGAGCUGGCGGCUCUCUUGACGAUGUUUACGAUUUGGGCGUUGCAUUUUCACAGCAGAUUGUGUCCAUUGCGGCAACUCUGGAUCAUUGUCAUGUCCCCGGUCGAACGGAGCACGGUAUGCUCAAUGAGAACGAGGUCGAAAUUGGAACUGGCCCUCACAACGAGCCUGGCUACAAGAAGCUUUCGCCGGCUCCUUCGCCUCCCGAGCUCAUCAAGCAAGUCUUGACGCACUGUCUUGACGAGAAUGAUCCUGAGCGAGGAUACGUCAAGUUCGCCUCGGGAGAUGAGGUAAUGCUUCUGGUCAGCAACUUUGGAGGCAUGUCACAUCUGGAGAUGGGUGCUCUUGUCGACGAGUUGCUAGAGCAGCUUGAGCAAGACUGGAAGAUCCAACCGGCUCGAGUCUGUGCUGGCUUCCUCGAAACCUCUCUCAACGCCCCUGCGUUUUCUGUUUCCGUCAUCAACGUCACUGCUGCUUCAAAGAACUGCAAGUAUUCGAUGGAAGACAUCAAGAGCUUUUUCGAUGUCAGAACCAACACUCAUUGGGAGUCCAUGGCUGGAUCUCAGGCCAAACGACGUAGCCGCAAGGAGCAGCUUGUCCAUGCUCCCAUGGAAGCACCCAAAACCAUUGACGAAAAGCGCGACUUGAAGAUUGCCCCCGCUGUGCUCGAAAAUAUGCUACGUAAUGCAUGCACACAGCUCGUGGACGCGGAACCCGACUUGACAAAGUGGGAUACCGUGAUGGGUGAUGGCGACUGUGGCGAAACACUCAAGACGGGGGCUACGAGCUUGCUUGCUGCCUUGGAUAGCGGAUUGGCAAAAUCUGGAUCCGUAGUGAAAGUAUUGCUUGAACUUGAGGAGAUUGUCGAGAGCAAAAUGGGAGGCACACUGGGAGGAAUCCUGGGCAUCUUCUUUGUGUCUCUGCGGUCAGCAGUGGAAAAUAACAUUGACAUUGCCGGCAAGGAGGGACCUGUUGCUCUUUGGGCAAAGGCGUUAUCUACCGCACUCGCCAGUCUUCGACGAUACACGCCAGCCAAGAUUGGUGAUCGCACCGUUAUGGACACUUUGAUUCCAUUUGCCGAAGUUAUGGGCAAGUCUGGCUUCAAUGAUGGUGUUCAGGCUGCUGUUGACGGGGCAGAGGCAACAAAGAAGAUGAAGCCGAGAUUGGGAAGAGCAACGUAUGUAGGUGCGGGAUCAGAUGAUGGCCAGGAAUUGCCUCCUGAUCCUGGUGCUUGGGGUGCCAUGGUUGCUAUUCGGGGAUUAAAGGUUGCUUCAGGUUGA